AUGGGCCCCAAAUCUGAUUUCAAGUUCAUCACCGUCGAUGCCACUGAAGGGAGUUUCCACACUGCGAGCAAGUCCACGAGGAGCCAUGCUAUCCGGACUGCCAUCCAAAGGGGCCGUUCCGAGCUGCGAACCUCAACGGCCUCGAUUUCACAGGACACCAUCAAGCAGAAGGCCCAGUUGAAGGGACGGUUCAGGUUGGCAGGGACAGCGUCCAAGUCGACCAAAUCCAAGAACCCAAAAGAUCAACAUGAAGAACAAGAACAUUUGCAGCCAAGUCGCCGCUCUCAUUCUCCAUCCGACGUUGCUGAACUUCUGCAUCAAGCAUCGCUGCCACCAUGGGUUCAGAGACUGGGGAGCGAUAGCGCUGACCCCUUCAACACGCUGCCUAUUCCAAGUAGUCCUUGCGUAGAUUCUCUGGUAAAAUAUUUCACCACCAGGUUCAACCUCAACUCUACUACGAUCGAUACUCAGAGACCAUGGUUUCCUUAUGCUAUGCAGAGCGCUCUCAUCAUGCGCGUUACGCUGGCCUUGGCAGCAGAGUUCCUGACCGCCACCAUGCCUCUUCUUGACUUCAAGCUCCAGCGCGAAGGGUACCAGCAAAAGGGGGAAGCGAUGCGGAUGAUUAGAGAUCGUCUAGCUUCUCAAGAAUCGGCGCGUAGUGCGAGCAACGACCUCUCUGUUCUUGCCGGCGUGGCCAUGUUGGGAAGCGUUGAAGCCUUUCAAGGUCACUUUUCAGCGGCCAACGUUCACUUGACGGGGCUCCACGCCAUGAUUGAAGCUCGAGGCGGACCGGAGACGAUCAAACACAACUACAUCCUAUGCCGCUGCAUCAAUUGGAUUGACAUACAAGUAGCCUCGGGCCUCGGAAGAGUGCCAAAGUUCCCCAUGUUCCACACUCUCGCGCAGGUGUCUCUCCCGCCGUCGGUCGUGAAUCGCGCAAGGACGCCUUCCCUGCGACACCUGGAGAAGCUCGGCGGCCACAAUCCCGACGAGAGCGACGAGCCGCUCAGGAUCUUCGUGGCGCUGAGGCAGGCGAUUCUCUCGCAGGCAGGCGGUGCGGUGUCCGUGUCCGCAGACGACAUCAGGAUCGUUAUGAACACGGCCGAUAGCACGAUUCUGCACUUUCUCUACGUGGAGCGCCGGACGGCGACACCAGUGCAGACGCGGUUCCUGGUUCUGGUCUCAGCGGCCCAUGUAUUCCUCUACACCGUCUUGCGAGAGAUUCCAACGACAGGACACAUGGUUCGGGUUCUCGUCAGGAGGAUGCGCGACGCGCUCGACGACGCGGAUUCCAUCGCACUCAUCUGGGUGUCUCACGAUGCCGUCCUGCUGUGGGUUCUCUUCGUGGGCAUCGUCGGGUCCGGAACAGCCGAAGACCGCGAGUGGUUCUCCUCGAGACUAAGCAGCUUGCUGGAACGAGCCAGGGGUAUUUUGCCGCCGGAACGAUGCAGGCGCGAGAACCUGCAGCAGCUCCUUUCCGGGUUCCUCUGGCGGGACAAGCACUGCUUACCAGUCUUGGAUGAAGUGUGGACAUCGUGGGAGCGCGGCCAAGGCGGUAGUGGUGGUGUUGGUGUCAUGUAG